AUGGCACCAGUAGAAGCACGGACAGUGGUGGCGGAAGAGCAGGCCGCAACGCUUGUGGCAGAAGAGCAGGUGGUAGCUCUGGAGGAGCAUGCUGCGGUUACGGAAGAGCAGCAGCAGAUAGUAGGGCAACAAAUUUCGCCUGGGGCUCUCUUCACACAACCUACACAAGCGGAUGGAGACGACUUUUUCAGUCAGCUGGGUCAGGAUCAGGAGCCAGCAGAGUCGCAUACCGAGGAACCACCGAAGGACGAAGUUGCCGCAAAAUGGCAAGCUGCUUUAGCCGAUGACGAAUUUUUGGAUGAUGAGGACGAAGGAUUUUUGCCAAGUGACGACGAAGAGGUUCUGCCAAACGAUCAGCCUAUGGUUUCACCACAGUCUCCAGUAGGUCAGGCACCGACAGCGGCUCGAUAUAUGCCUGUCCCCCAACAACAGCCGCCACCGCAAUGGCCUGGCCAGCAACCUGUAUCGAAUUCAUACACCCCCCAACCCAAUGCCUAUUUAGCUGGUACGGCGCCGACCCUUCGUCACACUCAGUCAGCUUAUUUUGCACCGCCGGCAUCCACGCCAUACGGGGCAGUCCGUUUUCAAGCACAACCGGAAAUCAAACCGCAGAGCUUCGUGAACAAAAACGAAGGUUAUCAGUCACCUUACGACUUGCCGAUGGACAUUGCACCUACGCUGAAACGCAAGCAAAGCAAUCUCACCCACGUGCAUAAUGCUAUGGGACUGGCCGGUCCGCCCGUGAGGAGCAGCAGUGUUGGAGCUAUGUUACAGUCUCCCGUAUCUGGUUCUGCGCCUCCUUUAGGUCAUUCCAUACCAAAGAUUGUGGCCCCGCAAAAGCAACAGUUUUUCGAAGAACUGCCCAUGGCGCCACCGAAGGCAAGGGCUGCUAGUGCACAGGGCCGACAUGCACCGAACAUUGGCGGGCCUCAUGUUGCACCUCCGCCUAUGGUGAGAGCUGGUAGUUACAAUCCCCAACAACCCCCAGUAACCGGGCCGUACAACCCCCCUCAACAGAUACCAUUCCCACGAGGCCCUCAGCAUAGUCCUCAAACGUCGUUGCAGCCAAGCCAAUAUGCGCCAGCACCUCCUCAUAUUCCUAGACAGACCUCUACGGGAGGAACUGCGUACGCACCCCCGCCAGCACCCGCCGCCACAACGAAUCGGUAUUCACCAGCUGUCCCGCAGGGACAGGUCUAUGCGCCUCCUUCUCUAAGCCCUGCGCUGUCUAUGAUGCCUGGCGGUGGAUACACCCCUACUCAUGCGCCGGCAAAUGCGCCUAGUGGCGAAUAUACUCCCGCUCCUACCGCAAACCCACCCUAUCCCGUAGCUCAGGCGCAACCGAUGGCACCUCCGGUAGGAGCAAGCAAAUAUGCACCCCGGUCAUCAGGCCCUCCCCAGCCUACUCGCUCCGCGUAUGCGUCGCCACCCGUUGCACACCCGCAAGGCAGUUACACACCGUCGUCGGUGUCGCAACCAAUUUCACCACCGCCAGUGCCGACUAGCGUUAAACACUCUCCCGAGGCCCAACCACGCCGGCCUACGGCUGAGCAUCAUGCCUUGCACUCAUCCAGACCGGGAACAGCAACUGGAUCGCCGCCCCUAAUGGAAACUCCAAAGGAGGAAGAGGAGGACAGUAUUAUCCAAGGGACAUCCAACGUUCCAAUGCAUCCUGUACAGAAUCGGUUCGCCCCGCCUCCACCGCGAAGCACGUCAACACCGCCACCGAGGGGUGUUGUAUCGCCUCCGAUGAGUGUUGUGUCGCCUCCAAUGAGUGCAGCGCAUAAACAAUUCUCACCGCAGAAACACUCCCGGCCUGCGUCACCCGAAAGCUUUCAACCGCCUCCGAGAGCGCAGACCAGCUCGCCCGGACUCCACUAUGGCCGGCCGAGGGUUGCACAGAAAGCAAGAGAUCCAUACGAACGGCCUUCUUCUGCGCUCGCACAUUCUAUGGUCCCUGAAGAUUACGCGUCCCAAGGUAACCAAUCGAAGCAACAGCCGUUCUACCCCCGAAAGGAGUCGAUGCAGGUUAAUUUUAUUCCUCCAAAUGACUACACCGCCGAGGAUCCCUUGAGCAGGUGGCAGGGUGCGCCCGUGUUCACUUGGGGUCUGGGAGGAACUGUGACUACAAUGUUUCCUAUCCGGACGACUCGCUUUGCCAGUGGGUUGCACAGUGCUGCAAUUAAGUGCUCUCCCGGCGCGGUCAACGUUCGGCUACUUAAGGAUUUGAUCUCUCUCCCGGAGACUAUUGACAGCUUCCCUGGACCAGUAUGGACCGGUACUAAGUCCAUGAACAAGGCGAAGAAAAAGGAGGUGAUCACAUACAUGGAUUCUAGAAUCGAGGGGUUUGAGAGGACUCAGAUGGAUAUCUAUGACCCCACGGAGAGGCGAGCAGCGGAUGAGAAAUGCAUGUUGUGGAAGAUUGUGCGGAUCAUGAUUGAGCAUGAUGGCCACAUCGAGGGGACUCCCGAGAUAGACGCAGCAGUGCGCGGCGUUCUUACCCCCGAUAUAGCCCAGUCGAUCGAGGGUGGAGAAAACAUUGGCUUCGUACCAAUGACCGGAAUCCCGACGAUGCGCCCCGCGAACGCGGAAACCGUUGACCCUGAAGCGCUGAAGGAAUUCCGGAAGAAGCUGCUUACCGGUGACCGCGAAGGCGCAGUGUGGUUUGCAGCUGAUAAGAGACUCUGGGCCCAUGCCCUCCUGAUAUCGGGCACCGUCGGGAAGGAUCUAUGGAAGCGUGUUGUUGAAGAAUUCGUCAAGAAUGAGGUCAAAACACUAGGCGAAGGAUCCGAGACACUGGCAGUCCUGUAUGCGACGCUUGCUGGAAACUGGGAGGAGAGCGUUAAUGAGCUUGUUCCUUUGAGUGCACGGUCCGGAGUGCCUAUGCUUUCUAGCUCCCACGAACAGGAGCAGAGUCUUGAGGAUAGGCUUGAAAAGUGGAAGGAGUCAUUGGCUCUCAUUCUCAGCAACCGGAGCCCUGGCGAUCAAGCGAGUAUUUUGGCGCUUGGACGGCUGCUGGCUAGUUACAAUUGGACCGCGGCUGCUCAUAUCUGCUUUAUUUUUGCCCGCCAAUCUCCGCUUGGUGGCGGGGGUGCUCUGUUUGGCGGUCCUGACGAUCCGACGACCGAUUUCUGCUUGCUUGGUGCCAACCAUCGAUCAAAGGCGGAACUGGGAAGAGAUCUUGAUACGAUUCUUCUCAGCGAGAUAUACGAGCUUGCCGUUUCUCUCACGCCUCAUGCGAGCACUGCCACACCGAUAUAUCCGCAUCUACAGUCGUGGAAGAUCCACCACGCAAUCAUCCUUGCGGAAAAUGGCAACAAGAGAGCAGCGGAGAAGUACUGUGACUCUGUUGCUGCCGCAGUCAAAGCGUGGAACAAGCCUAGCCCAUACUUCAACCAGUCCUUUGGCCAUGUCCUCGAAGACUUUACGAAGAGGUUGCAGGAGGCUCCCAGGGACGGCUUGUCAACCGCUAAUGGCACCGGCUGGAUCCCCAAGCUCACUUCGGAUGCUGUGUCGUCUUCCAUGUGGGGCGCAUUUAACAAGUUCGUCUCUGGCAACGAUGAGGCGGCAGGGGUUGCGAGCGGUCUGCAGACGGAGGCUGAGGGGCCUUUCGGCAAGAUUACACCCAGUGUUAGCAGGGAGCAGUCUAGUGUCGAUCUUUACGGAAUGUAUGGCGGCGGUGCUCCUACAGCAAUGUACGCGCCUCCUGUACAGGGAAACAACUCCCCAACAACAACCAGGACGAACACAGCUGCAAGCAGAUACGCACCAUCCACUGCAACCGCUCGGAGCUCGAUGGAGGGCGCCCGGCCAAACUCCUAUGAACCGCCGGCUGUCCGUCGUACAAGCUCGGAGAGCUACCGUGCGCCAGCCAUGAACGGCAACCCCUAUGAGCCCAAUUCGAACCCAUACGAGCCACAGGCACCCCAGUAUGGCAACCCGUAUGAGCCGACAACGCCAUACGGGUCAGUCCCGAAUGCGUAUAACCCCCGGGCUUCCCUCGAAGCGACACCGGAGGUGCCGGAGAAGUCGGAUACUCCUGUUCAGAACACGGGAUACGCACCGUAUUCGCCCCCGGCUCAAGACAGUGGAUAUCAACCUUCUGGCAACUCCGGUGGCUACGAACCUCCCGCAAACUCUGGUGGUUAUGAGCCUCCCGCCUCCGGUGGAGGCUACGCACCCCCGAGCAAUGACUACACCCCUUACCAACCCGAGCCAGACUCUGAUGGCGAAAAGGCGGAUCAGGCACAUGAUGGGGGUAAGAAGCAGAAGAAGAAGGGUAUGAUGGACGAUGACGAUGAUGACGAGCUCUUGCAGCGUGCAGAGGCUGUCAGGAAAGCGGCUGAGAAAGAGAAAAAGAAGGAGGCUGAGGAAGACAAGAAAGACGAUCUGAAUGGCGGCAAAAAAGGUUGGUUUGGCGGUUGGUUUGGCCGCAAGGAUCCCAACGAACAGUCUGGUCCCAUCAAGGCCAAACUGGGCGAGGAGAAUGCCUUCGUGUAUGACGCCGAGCUCAAGCGCUGGGUCAACAAGAAGGCUGGAGCAGCCGCGCCAGAGGCAGCCAAAGCGACACCUCCUCCACGAAGACCUACACCAGCUACUGCUGCAACUUCCACCGGAGCCCCUACCCCACCACCGUCCGCAUCCAAGCCUCCUACUCCAACCUCCAAUCAGCCACCACCACCAGGCCCGCCCGCGAGUGCGCCACCUCCAUCCUCCGGCGGCCUGGCACCACCUAUGGGCCUGCCUAGAGGUCUAACUCCCAGCCCAGCGCCCAGCCUUGACAGGCCCCCGAUCAGUCGACCCUCCACCUCUGGGGGAGACAUGAUGGACGAGCUACUUGGCCCGCCGACGGCUCGUCGCGGAACUCCUAGUGGUGGCAGGAAGGGUCGGAAGGGUGCCAAUCGGUACGUUGAGGUUAUUCCGGGGCAGCAGUAG